GGAGCUGCGCCCCAGGGAGUGGAGGGAGCGGUGGGUGGAGCUGCGCCCCAGGGAGUGGAGGGAGCGGUGGGUGGAGCUGCGCCCCAGGGAGCGGAGGGAGCGGUGGCUGGAGGAGCGUGCCCCGCGCGGCGCGUGGAGAUCAGCGUGUGCGAGCCGGAGCGGCGCGCCGACGGCCGCGAGGUCUUCACCGUCUACCUGGUGGAGAGCCGCUCGGGCGAGGGGCCCCCGCGCUCGCUGUGGCGCCGCUACAGCGAGUUCGAGCUGCUGCGCCACCACCUGCUCGCGUCGUUCCCGCACGUCGUGGUGCCCCCGCUGCCGGAGAAGCGCGCCGAGUUCGCGUGGCAGAAGCUGUCGCCCGACAACAUGGACCCCGACUUCGUGGAGCGGCGGCGGGCGGGCCUCGAGGCGUUCCUGCUGCGCGUGGCGUCGCACGCCGAGCUGGCGCGCGACGCCCUCUUCUCCUCCUUCCUCGUGCAGGAGCGCGGCUGGAGGGAGGCCGUCGCGGCCGCCGGCUUCCGGGCGCGCGCCGACUCCCGCGUGGCGGGGGCCCUGGCCGCCGCCCCGCGCCUCGAGAACCCCGACCGGCGCUUCGCCGAGCUCAAGGCGUACGCCGAGGAGCUGCGGGCGGCGAUCGGCGCCGUCCUGAAGGCGCGCGCGCGCGCCGCCGACCGCCUGUACGGCGUCUACAAGGUGCACGCCAACUACGGGCGCGUCUUCAGCGAGUGGAGCGCCCUGGAGCGGCGCGAGAUGGGCGACGGGCUGCAGAGCGCCGGGCACCACAUGGACGCGCACGCCGCCUCCGCGGACGACCUGCUGGAGGAGGAGGAGCACUACACGGAGCGCCUCGAGGAGUACCUUCGCUACGCCGACGCGCUGCGCCGCGUGUGCCGCGAGGCCGAGCUGCUGCGGGCCGGCCUGGAGACGCUCGCGAGGGAGCUGGCGCUCAAGAAGCGUCGGCGCGACGAGCUGGCGAGCGGCGCCGUCGCGCGCCCCUUCUCGCUGCGCGGCGUCGCCGACAAGCUGUUCGGGCGGGAGGCCGCGGAGGCGCGCCGGGCUCGCGCCGAGCAGCUCGGGGCGCGGGUGGCGCUCGACGAGGCGGCGCUGGCGGCGAGGGACGCGGAGGCGGCCGAGUUCUCGCGGCGCGCCGCCGGCGACGUCGCCCGCUUCCAGAGGCAGAAGGUGCGCGACGUGCGCGAGGCGCUCAUCGGCUACGCCGUCACGCAGAUCGGCGUGUGCAAGAAGGGCAUCGGCGUGUGGAGCAACGCCAAGGAGUGCUUCGGCAAGAUGUGACGCGGCACGCGAGGGGCCAAGCCGCACGCUCCCAGCUCGCUCCCCGCUCGCUCCCCGCACGCUCUCCGCUCGCUCCCCGCACGCUCUCCGCACGCU